GCCUCCGCGUCGCUUCGCCGAAUCGGAGCAAAAUCAGUCUGCAACUUAGUCAUCGGUAUUUCUCAACUCCAUUCACCUUCACUCCAUUAUUACAGAAGCUUGACAUACUCGACGCAAUAGCGAGAGUGGUCUAUUACCAUACCCUCUCCCCGCCCAUGUACAGCCAUUCUUCUACGCAAUAAGGAUGGCGCCAUCAAAGAACGUCACGGAGGUGCCGCGUUCCAUCCUCCCUCGCCUGACCUGGAAUGGCUCCUCUCCCCGGACUACCGUCACUCCACCCCAGCCCUCCGCAUUAUCAAGAAAACGACAGCAGAAGCGGCAGCAGCAUGUACAGGGCUGGUAUCCUGCAAGACAUCAACUUAAUACUCUAGCGUUCUCUCCUCGCUCAUCUCCCUUCUUUACAACACCCCAGGACACAAACUCGACAUCUACGAUCGCUAGGCGUUCAUCCACAUCGUCGCACACUACUUCCUACCGUCCUUCUGUCGAGCCUCUUAGUAAUCCGGUCCGAUACAAUGGCGUGUACGUUGCUGUGUUCAAGUCAGCCCGGCGUGCUUUCCAUGCUUCAGCUGCUCGGGAGCGGGAUCACCACUUCGACACGCUAAAGUUCGUUCAACGCUUAAAGGAUGAAGGUUUCAGCGAGGAACAAGCCGUCGCUAUGAUGAGGGUUUUGAAUGAUGUUAUCCAAGAGUCGAUCCAGAACUUGACUCGGACAAUGGUUCUCAAGGAAGACUCUGAAAGAUCAACAUACACGCAAAAGGUUGAUUUUGCCAAACUUCGCUCUGAACUCCUCAACGCAGACUCGACUGAAGCGCAACUGACACACUCUUCGCAUGAAAAAAUCGCCGCGGAUCUUGCGAAGCUUAACUCACGUCUUCGGGAUGAGAUUGGGCGCACGCAAGCAUCCGUCCGCUUGGACUUGAACCUUGAGAAAGGCAGGAUUCGCGAAGAGGCCAAUGGCCAGGAAAUGCGUAUCAAAGAGACAGAAACCAGAAUCGAACAAGAAGUUGCGGGGCUGAGAGAACGAGUAGAAGCUGUUAAAUUUUCUACACUGCAGUGGCUGAUGGGUGUUUGUACCGGUACUGCAGCACUGAUUCUUGGUGCCUGGCGUCUUUUUAUGUGAGUGUCUAGGUUUCAAGACCGGUAUGCUGGAGAUCAUUUUUGUGAGACUUCCAUCAGUGUUCUUGGGAUUCUCCCUUGAUUGUACAAUAACUUCUCGCUUGCCAUCUGCUUCUGUUCGAUAAGACCAAAGCAAGAGGCACUAUUCCACCUUUGUUUUUUAUUUUUUUUUAUUUACUUUAUUUUAACAUGCAAGGCAUAUCUCCUCUAUGGCUGUGGACUAGACAAGGGUGCUAGUUUUGCCUAAUGAGAUUCGUCAGUGGAAACCACUGUACCCAUAUACUAAAACGUUUGCUUGAGAUAGCAAUGUUCACACGGAAGAUCAAAAGCCCUUGAAAAUAAAUAAGCAUUAUGACAUUUUUACCUUAGGCAAAAUAGCAUGUAUGACAGGAAAGACAGGAAAGUCUGGAAACCAGGCCCUAAAGAUGAUCUGUUUGAACUACUAUCAAGUAAUACCACUUUACUUUACCA